AGCGGGGCGGGCCGAGGCCCUGGGUCUGCUGGGGUUUGAGCCAGUCCCCUGGGCCAUCCUGCUGCUACCUUGGGCUGCAGCGGUCAGCAAGCCCGGAAAGGGGCCGUAGGUGUCCUGUCCUCCCUGCCAUCGGCCGGAGGCUUUUCCCAGAGGAGCUGGGACCUCUCCCCCAAACGAGAAGUCGUGCAGGCAGCUCGAUGGAGCCCCCGGGGCCGCAGAGGCAGCGGGCUCCUGCUCCCUUCCGUCCAGCAGGCCCCCUUCCCUCUGCUGUAGCAGCCAGACCCUCCUCUUGGGAGGCUCUCCCCGCCAGGAGGUCCCUCCCACACCCAGAAAGGGGAUGAGGCUUCCUGCCGAGGAGCGCGUCCUGAGGAACAGGAAGCGGCCCGACCUCGCAGAGUUGUAGAACCAGCUCUCAGACCUGCGGCUGCCGCGGGUGUUCGGGCAGCCCCGGCUGAGCACUGCCUGAGAGGGUCCCGGCCGAAGCUUUCCCAGGCGGGCGGGAGGCGGGCUUCCCCCCACCCUGGGAGCUCGGCCCCAUCUGGAGGCCCCCUCCCAGACCUGCCUUCGGUUCCCCCGCUCGAGUGCUGCAUGGACGUGAUGGACGCCAACGUCAGCUGCCCAGGCACAGACCAGUGCGCUUCAGGCUGCUACCGGCGCUGGAACGAGGACGGGAGCAGCAGCUGCGUGAGGUGCAGGAACGAGACCCUGGCCGUAACUGGGGCGUACGUGGUCGAGUGCAGAAGCCUUGGCAACAAAGAAAUUAACUUCACGUCCUACAGAACCACGGUGACGCCCCUUCUGCAGAACCUGGGGGGCCCCCAGGUGGCCGUCUCCCUCUUCUUGGGCACCUUCUUCAUUAGCUCCUGCCUCAUCCUCUCUGUCGCCUUGUUCUUCUACUUCAAACGCUCCAGCAAGCUCCCCCAUUUCUUCUACAGAAGGAACAAAGCAUCUGUCCUACAGCCCGGAGAAACUGCUGCCAUGAUUCCACCUCCAAAUUCUUCAGUCCGGAAACCGCGCUACGUCAGGCGGGAUCGGUCGCUCGCCAGACCCACCACCCCGACCAUGAUCUCCUCCGUCGAGACUCGGGUCAGCAACGUUUAACCAGCGAGGUUUCCCCAGGACUCGGUCCGUGAACCGUUACAGACUUCUCUGCGGCCUCCCAAGGGCCAGAAGAACAUCGGCGCCCACGGGGUCUCCGGCAGACCCCUCGCCUGCGCCAAAUGGAGCACAAAAGAGGCGGUGGGAUACGGAGGUGGCAGCCGCCGACUUCGUCGGGACGCUUUUCAGCGCUUCUUCCCAUCUGGGUUUUUGAUCUGUCUCUUAGCAGCAGACACCCUGUUAAAAAUCUCCAGACAGCUUGGCUUGCCUUGGCUAAAGAGUCAUUUCCUCCCAUCUCCAGUGCUUAAGUCCUGCCUGGAGCAGGGGCCGGCCUGGCUCCCAGAAAAGGCCGUUCUUUCUCUGCCCCUCUGCCAAGGCCGGAGUUCCCUCACACCCAGAACCUUCUCUGUUCUGGACUCUGUGGAGACGCCCCAUCGGCCCCACAAGUCCCCCAGAGGGUGGGCUGGCCAUUCCCUGCUCCCCUAAGUCAGGAAAAGUGGAACCCUGGCCUUCAGUGAAGGUUUUCCCACGCUCCCCAUCCUGCUCUAGGCAGGCCAGUGCCCAGCUUGCUACUGAGGAGGGCCUGAAACAAAAGGGCCCAGUCCCACAGCCUGGUCCCGGCCCCUCUGCAGCCUGGUCCACGGAUUACUUCCUGUUGCAGUGUGAUUCUGAAAGAAGUGCGUUCCACUUUGCUCCUGAAUGAGCCCAUCUAGAAGCCACCCCAUCUCCAUCAGCUGCCGGCCAGAGCUUACUGGCUCUUCAGGGAGGCUGACAGGCUAGACUGAGCCCCUUUUAAUUCAGGCUUAUGUGACGCUUGGCAAGGUGGGCGACCAUUAGCCCUCCCCGGGCCAAGCUGGGAUUUGGCCACAGAGAGCAGGAGAGGGAAGAGGCUCUGGCCACUCGGAGUCUCAGCUCAAGCAGGGAUUUCAGUUAGCGGCCGGCCCAGGGAGCCCCUUGGGAGAGAGCCAGGCGUCCCCCUGUUCCCCGGCCCGAGCCCUGGAUCAUUGGAGGGAUUAGAGCCAGCUGUUCAGAGACUCCCCCUCCCCCCCCCCCCCAGAGUCCACAAAGUAGCCGUGUUGUUCACAGGAUGGUUUUUAUAAAACCAGAUCUGAGUUGUGGCGAGUUACUUGUGUGAGUGGGGCCUGCGUUCCCUGUGAGGAGGCAAUCCUGGGGGAACCACUGGGGUCCCCCCCACUCUUCCUUUACUCCCAUGUUCCCCCCGAUUGCUCUCUCCAUUUAUGCUGACCAAUAGAGCUGGCCACCAAGCCAUUUGAAGCACAGAAUUCAGGACACAGAGGGACCUUGGAACCCCUUUCCCGAGAAGGAAACCGAGAAGUGGGGUGUCUGACUUGGCCCAAGCUCAUCGGCAGCAGGACUGGGAUCUGAACUGCCGUGUGCACCCCGACUUGAAGAUUGUUCACUGAUGUUGAGGGAACCCCCCAAAUGAGUGGCCUAGCUCGUCCUGCCAGGGCCCAGAUGGAGGCCGGCCUCCGGAGGAGGUGCACAGGCCCUGUGUGGGGAUGGAGCUGUGGAGAGCACCAGCAGGUCCGAGGAUGUGGUCCACACGUCACGGGCUGACGCUGCCCGGGUGCGCUCCCCGGUCCCCGCAGUGUUCCUCGGCCCAGGUCCCCCGUGCCAGAUGGGAGAGCAGCAACGGCUGAUCAGGGCCUGCCCUCUCGCCAUCCGAGCCGCCAGCUGUCCCCGGGCAGUAAUAAUCCCAUGGAUACCCAUGCCCUCUGGCCCACCGAGGCUGCGCCUCUUUGCGCUACUCCCCGUGAUCUUUUGUAUCUUUUUCUAUUGCCAACUUUAAUAAAUGCUUAUUUCCUGAGACAUGAACUCAGGGGAUGAUGAUCCUGGA